AUGCCUGAGCAACCAACUGUGUUGCCCUACAUACCUAGAAGGAUGGACCCCAAUCAGUUCCCUCCACUAGCAAGAGGCAGGAGAGGUAGAGGGAGAAUAAACCCUUUUGCCAACAAUGAUAGGAACAGACCGGGGAAAAACUGGAGGAAUCAUCCAGAUUUCGAAGAAGAGGAAGUUCUGCCCAGACCAUACAGAGUAGAACAGAGGAUUGAACACAACCAGCUAGAAUAG